UUCACAGCGUGUACAACACACUGUCAUCCAGGCAGUGAGCGUGAGCAAAGCAAAACAAAAAAGUUAUGAUUGGUUGUAUAUGAUUAAAUCAUAAAUAACGAAAGCAUAACAGUAAAAAUAUGAAAGGCGGCACAUUUCGCAACACACAAUGGGAUCCCACGCUGCUAUCGUCACAGAUAGUGUCAAUGCAGUUUUGUGUUUAUUUUACACUAGGAUUACUCAUGUUCAUAGCCAACAAGUUGGCUGGCGACAACUAUACACUGGAUAAUCUAUUCGAGUACCAUGAGAUACACAUAUACGAUCUGGGCGGUCGCCUGGUCAUCUGUGCCUUUGUUUUGAACGCAUUUGUGGCUUCGUUGGCGCUCUGGUGCAUUGUGCGCCGAGCCAAGCUGUGCCUGGACUUUAGCUGCACCUACCAUAUACUGCACUUGCUGAUCUGCUGGUGGUAUAAUCGCUCAUUCCCUUCAAAUGCAUCUUGGUGGCUGUUAAAUGUUAUCACCGCCACCAUAAUGUGCAUAGGUGGCGAGUUCUUAUGUUUGCAAACUGAAAUGAAAGAAAUUCCAGUGGGCUAUGCUGCGCUCAAUCAAAAGUCCGACGUUUAGCAAGUCAAACAAAUGCUAAACAAUGCGAUUGUGAUUACCAAUAACUCUAAAUAUACGUGUAAUUUAUUAAUAAGGCUAAGAGUACAUAAUAUAUGCAGACUAC